AUGAUUAAUACUUUCACUUUUGGAUUAUUGUUACUCUACUUUUACGAAGUAUUCGCAGUCCAGUUUGAAUUGUUCAUUUCUAAAGGAUUCUUAUAUUCCCAAAAAAGAAUUGUGAAUACUAAUUCUUCAAAUACUACUUUUAUUGUUAAUUGCCACCCUCAAUAUGCCAAUUAUUGCACCAUUGAUCUAAAUCAAACAUCCCAAAAAGCAGCCGAAAUAGCUUUACUUUUCUUAGAAGCACAACCGCCAUAUUUAGAUAAGGACGAUGGUUUUAUAUUUGAUGGAAUGGACUAUGAUAGUUAUGUCUAAAAAAAGAGAAACCAUUUUAUCUAAAUACCAAGCUCAUAUAGUAAAAUAUACUUUACUGUAUUGACCAAUAUUCCAAUUUCCUUCGAUAUUUAUUUAACAGGAUCCUCAUCAAUGCUAUGUCCAAAUAAUUGUUAAGAGAAUGGAGAUUGCCUAUAGGGGGAAUGUAAAUGUGGCAAGGGAUUCAUAUCCAGAGAUUGUUCCAUGAGAGCCCUUUAAUUGGAGCAAGAAAAACCAAUGCCUGUGAAUGGAUCCCAUGAUCCAAACUUUUAUUGUUACUAUGAAUACAAUGGAACUUAAGAUUUAAGAUUAGAGAUCACGACUGAGAAUGAAGCUCAAAUUUAUUUGCUUGUACCUAAUUUAUUAUAUUUGCCAACACCUAAUUUCUUCGAUAAUUCUGCUAUUAUCACAAGAACAACUCCCUUAAACAUAACAAUAGAACAGAGAAAAUCAAAUAGUUAUGAAUGGGGAUCUUAAAUUCCUGAUAAGUUGAUUAUAUUAAUACAAGGGAGUGAAUUUAUUAUUAGAUUGAAUCGGAUUGACGAUGAAAGUAAAAGCGAACAGGUGAAAUCAAUUAUAAUUGUUGUUUGUAGUGUAACAGGUUUUCUUUUAUUUUGCUUUUGUAUCUUUAUAAUUAGAAGAGCGAGAUAAAGGAAAUCAGUAGAAAAACAAACGCCAGAUGAUUUUGAAAUCAAAGAGAAUCAAUUUAUAUAUGGAAGAUCUUAGAGUAAAAAAGAAGAUGAUCAAUAUGCUACCAUAGAUAAUCAAUUAUAACCUAGCAAUCUUUAAGAUAAUUGUGCGAUCUGCUUGGAUCCUCUUUGCAAUUAACAACCUGUUAAUAGCACUCCAUGCAAUAGUCACAUAUUUCAUGUAUAUUGCAUUCAAUAAUGGCUUUAGAAGAAUCAAUUUUGUCCCUUCUGUAGAUUUGAUUUAAAAAUCAACAAUCUGUAGUAACAAAAUUAGUAACCUAUCAAAGUACCAAUGGCAAUAGCAAAUCAAUUAAGAAUAGUUAGAAGAAACAUUUGA